AUGCUUCAGUGCAUUGCAAUGUAUGAGUUGAACAGUGUCUUUGACUGCGGAAUUCCAUCGGCUUGUGUUGCUGCCACCGGAGUUCGUGGUCGUCAAAACGACCACGAACUCCGGCGACGUGAGGACUCCGCGAGCAUAGACGACGGAGACAUGCGAAACCGACAAGAACAAUCAGAUACGCAUUUGUCAGCGUCCGUAACAUUCUGCUUUCCUCCGUCCUGCAGUCGUUGGUAUAACUACGCAAGGAAUGGCACGAUGCGUCCGAGUCUGGCUGUCCUCGGUACCCUCCUCUUUCAGAUGGUCUUUAACGACAUGAUCAGAGCUACCGCCAUGAAAACCACCGCAGCCACCGCAUUUCGCCUCUUCGGUCUUGGUGCCGGAGGGAGGGGCCAUAUCCUCCUUGGCCAGAGUAUCGCCGUCCAGCCUGACGCCGGCGCGCACGACAGCGACACGCCUCGCGAGGCUUGGGGACUUAAGUCCGGGCUCUACACGCCCCGGCAACUGGUCGAAGCGUUUGCGCCGUUGCUGGACACGGUCGUCUUCCGUUUGGGUCCAGAUCCGCCGAACGUCCGACCAGCGCGGGCGCAACUGCUCGACAACCUGGCCGCCAAUCUCGACACCAACACCCGAGAAGCCACGCUGCGCUUCCCCGACGCCAAUCUAGAUGACUCGCGCGAGGAAAUCGCCGAGCAGGCGAAACGCAUUGGCCGGACGCUCGUUCAAUACGCGCGCAACCACACGGACGGACCGGUCAAUCCCGACCUCUACCUUCGCAGCCCCUGUGAAGGCCAUCUCCUCAUCCCGGCCAACGUCGACCUCAUGUUCGGUCGGCGCAGCCAGCCGCAUCUGAUGCAGCUGUUCAACGAGUACAUGCAUCAGAUGGUCCUGCUGCGGGACGCCCUGCUGCCGUUCAAGAACUACGAGGAUGUGAUCAUCCCCGUCGAUGGCCGCGCCGCUCGAGGCAUCCGGCAUCUGGAGUCAUCCCGGGCCGAGUUCCUCACCAACCUCCUGACCAAGGAGGUCACCCAAUCGGCAAUCAUCAAGCACGCGCAGGCUCUCCUCGCCCCGGGUCUUCUCUCUCGUUCUGCUGGCAAGAAGGCCAACCCUGGCUACGGCUUCCAGUAUGCCCACGGCCUGGUCCUGCCCGCUUUCCUGGCCGGUGGACCGACUCCGUUCCAUCUCCUCCAGUACCUCCCCGCCAAGCUAGUCCAUGACGCAACCGACGUCAUCUUCGACUACCGGAUCCAGGACUACUAUCUUGCGCCUCGUGUGGAGAUCCCCGCCGGAACCGAGGAAACCCCGGCAUACGCCGCGGCCAACGGCGGCACAGCCGCACUCGGCGUCCUAAGCACCAGCAUCGCAGCCACCUCAUCGUCUGAUAUGGUUCGACAGCUGGAAUUACAACUCCAGCUUGACAAUGGCCAAUGCGUCUCCGUCGAUCUGGGACAGGUCGCGCGCGGCCAUCGCUACGCCUAUCAGGCAUGCACGUCCAACGGCAGUGACUCCAAGUCCGCAACAUCAGCUACGUCCACCGUAGUCCACGACGCGGCAUCCAUCCUGGAAACCGGAAACGGAGACAGUCUUGUAACUGCUCAUGGCGGGCUGCAUGUGAUUCCUGUGCACGACCCGGUCGUUGCUCUAGCGCUGCUGGGGAAGAUCUACCCGGGAAACGUAAUUCUUCUACCGAGGUCGGAAAGCCUAGCGCAAGCCGAGAAGGCUGGCAAGGGACUGGAGCCAAAGUUUGUGCUUUGGGGGGUGGAGCGAGGUGGUUUACGGGGGAGGUUUACUUCGCCUGCCUCUGUGCUAGUGGCUGAUUUACAAUAG